CGUAUCGUUAGGUUGUUAUUUCACAGAUUAGAAUGCAUACAUUACAUCGUUAUUGUCCUUUCCGUCUUCGUUUAUAACUACCUCAAGGUAUUCGUACUGGUCUACAUGUUUUAUUAUGCCAAUCUCCAAUUGUAUGUCAUUUUCCGUUUCUCUAAUUACCAUAUAUUGGGUCUUAUCUUUGUUCAUUUCCAAGCCCCAUUUAGUGUAUUCCUCCUCUAGUUUAUUUAACUCUUAACCCGAAGUAAUUUCUUUUAGUUUAUUACAGGAGGUAUGUGUCUCUAACUUCAGACCAUAUUUAUUAGGCAAAGAAUACAAUUUCUGACAACAUAAGAAGACCCAAAAAGGCUUUUACUUCCAUUUCAUCUGUAGCUCUGUAAUUAGUUUUUUGAUAAUCCGUUACUUUUGCCCUAACACUAUCAAGUCUAAUAUUGAUCUGUAUAAUGUUCCUAAGUAUUUCUUGGUCAAACAAAAGGUACCAAAUGUCUUCUAUUUUGGGAUUAACUAAAUCGCGUCCAUGGCAAAAUGCUAGAGGUGCACCUUGAGUGAGCUAAAACUGUUGGCAGUCACACUAAUCCUAGUCUCUCCUGACUAAAGACACAUAAAACCCACACAAACACCAAACGGUUCAGCACCUAUGUACUUCGAGUCUAUUACCUCCUCCCUCAACUUAUUACACUCUACCUAUUACAGUUGAAAUCCCCUCUUCUCAUCUUCAAUCCAAUAUGUAUUGGCCCUGUCCUUAAUAAUGUUAGAUUUAACUAUUAUAUUUUAUACUUAGAGUUCAAUAACAUUUGUGGUGUUUCAAAUAAUGCAACAUUGGGAGGUUCACAAUUUGUUAAUGGAAACAUCAAAAAACGUCGAGAAACGCAUUCAUUUAGAAGAAGUAACAACCGGAGAAAUGUACAUGAUACACGCAAUGGCAAUCGCACUCUUUGUUGCUUAUUUUAAAUUGUUUAGAAUUAUUAAUUUUAAUGUAUCUACGAGCGAAAUUCAUGAAGCUUUUGGGAAGUGUUUACUAGAUGUUGCUGCAUUUUUAGUAAUCAUUUGUAUAGUUUAUUUCGGAUUUGCCCUUUUUGGUGGACUUAUUUUUGGAACACAAUUAUGGGAUUUCUCUACUUUUGCUUUAUCUUUAUUCGCAUUAUCACGAAUCCUCAUCGGCGAUCUCACGUUUGAUAAGCUUUUAAAAGUCGACCCUGUAAUGUCGUAUAUUUUUUACUACCUAUUUUUGGCAAUAACGUUUUUUAUUUUAUUAAAUUUAUUUUUAGCGAUCAUUUACGAUUGUUACACCGAUGCUAAAUUACAAGCUGCAACUCGUCCCAAUGAAAAAAACAUGGUUGAUUUUUGGACCACCGCAACAUACAAUUUAUUAAAAUGUUGUGGUUGUGGUUUUUGUGCCAGAAAAUGGUAUUUUCCUAAAAAAACACGUAGCAAUGUUGAAGAUGAUGUUAAAAUGAUUUUAAAAAGGUGUGGAUUUAGUGAUUUAGAUAUAGAAAUGUUUUUAAGUCGCUAUAACAUUGACCCAGAUGCUAAAGUUUAUACAAGAGAUGUUGAUAAAUUGGUGGAAAAUUUGCGAUCUGAACUCCCACAACAAGAUAAUCAACCAUCACCUAUCCCUCUUAAUUUAAUUGAAAGUGACGUCCAUCAUCCAUCUAUUUUAAAGAAAGGUAAUGAAAGCUUCACAACGAGAACUCCAAGUGUAACUCCAGCCCUAUUUUUGGCUCAGCAGAAACGAUUAGAUAUGGUUGAGGGAGUUUUAGGAGAUAUUGGAUAUAAGUUAGAUCUUUUAUUGAAUAAGCUGCAUGUAAUGGAAGCUCGAAAAAUGUUAUAAUACGUUAAAUCUAAUUAAUACAAACAAUAAAAGCGAAUACAGAUACAGAAAAAAGUGAAAGCAACCACA